AUGUGCCGUUUCAUGAUCUACAAGGGCAGAGAGUCCAUGGUGCUAUCGGACUUGCUCACCAAACCAGCGCAUUCCAUCAUCAACCAGUCGUUUGACUCACGGCUCAGACUUGAUAUGAGAAACCCCAUCAACGGAGAUGGGUUUGGUGUAGGCUACUAUACUGCUUCCAACAAGCCAUGUAUCUUUCGUGCCAUAACACCUGCGUGGAACAACGUUAAUUUAAACAACCUUUCGGACUGUACCGAAGCUCUGUUGGUGUUUGGUCAUGUGAGAGCUUCAACUCAGGGAGUCUUGUCUGAAACCAACUGCCAUCCUUUCUCGUAUGGCAAGGUCAUGUUCAUGCACAAUGGUGGCAUACUGCAAUUCAACCAUAUGAAGAAGAAACUCGUUAAUCAUUUAGAAGAGCAGUUUUUCUUAUAUAUCCAGGGUUCUACGGACUCUGAGUGUUGUUUUGCGCUCUUCUUGGAUACGUUGUACAAGAUGGGAUAUGACCCUGGCAAUUUUGAAACAAAGUUCACUCACUCUGUCUUACGUAAAGCUUUGGUUACAACUAUAGAGUUGAUCAAGGAAUGGCAGACCCAAACUACAGACGAGCCGUCGUUGAUGAACUUUGCUGUAACGGAUGGUGAAUCAGUUGUGGUCAGUAGAUAUAUCACGUCCAAGACAGAUGAAGCAGCUUCGCUUCAUUUUAGCACUGGUCUGAAAUUCUUUGAGUAUGAACCAGGAUUAUUCAAAAUGGAACGUCUAAACAGAUCGCAGGACGUAAUAUUUGUAGCCAGUGAGCCGUUGACAUUUGAACGAGGUGAUUGGAUCUGUGUCCCUACCAACACGUUGAUCACUAUUACAAAGAACAAUACCAUCUUAAUGCAUCCUAUAGAAGAUGAAUUCUACGAUGGUGGAGUUAACGAAAGAUCUGCUGGUUUAGCCAUGAGCAAAGGUCUUAUGGGCGGAGUCCCAACUAAGAAUAGCCACAGAAUGGAUGACAAGUCUCUGGAAGAUGAAGUUGACUCUACUUUGGCAGAUGUACCUCCAUUGUCCAGAGAGGGAAGAAGAGCCUCUAACGACGCAGCUGUAUUCUGA